ACAUCUUUUUUACCUGGAUAUAUUUUUAAAUUUUAUUAUCUCUUAUCCAACCAUUAUUUAGUACAGUCUAGUUUUCAAGGAGCCUUUAAAUUAUCUAAAGAAGUUACAGAGAAAAACAUGUGUAUCAUUUCCAUUUUGGAGAAUAUCUUUGUGAGAUUUGAAGUUGGGUGCAAACCUAAUAAACAGAAUGGAGCAUAACGUGUAGCAAGGGAAAAUAUAAGACUGAGAACUAAACACUUAGCAUCCUUUCUCCAAGUAGUAGAAACUCAUGAUGAAACAUUCUCUAUGUUUGGAUGAUUAUCCAGUCAGUCAGGAUUCCUUCUGUCCCAUUGUUUUUGUGUAUCUCCACAAACCAUCUGCCUGAUUUUCUAUAGCUCUUCCAAGAGUGAAAUAAUAUAUUUUCGGGUUUUAGAAAAGUCUAGAUUUAUUUUUGUCACUUGACAGAGAACCCAUUUUGGGCAGCUAUCUAACAACUUAAAGUAGAUUGAUUUAUCCAAUGUACAUCUCUAAAAACAAAUAAAUAUGGUCUAGAAACUUGCUUGUUUCUCUCUCAAGGUUACUGCCACAAACACUUAGCUAUGAGGUGUUCCACCUGUUGGUAUUUUUUAGGUUUUCUGGAAAGAGAUUUGUUUCCUGUUGAAGAUUUUAUUUUUAAGUGUUUGUGACAGCUCUAAAAGCUCAUAUCCUCCUUUCCUAAUCCAGUAAUUAAAUUCCACCUACCUGAAUUUCCCCCUGCUGUUUCAGUUGAGCAAAUUAAUCUUCAUACUAUAUUUUAACUGUAAUUGGAAAUUUUAAACAGCUGUUUUUGUUAAAGUAAGAGAUAAAAUAUAAAAGCUACUGUAUCUUGGGUGUGGAAAGCAUGUCAUUUCUCUCAACAAAGUGUUUGGAUGUUCUUUCUCUGUUUAAUUUGUUUAAUUUAUGCAAAAAAGGCACCCCAUAUCUUGCUACAAAUUUUCACAAUAACAAAUAGUGUAGCAAAAUAGGUCUAUGUGGAAGUAAACAAAAUAAAUAAAAGUUGUGCGGAGUUGCUGGGAAAAAUGAUUUUUUAAAACUUUCCUAUCAAUUAAUUUUUUUCUCAACAAUUUAUUCUUUCUAAAGCAUAGAAUGAUUGUUUGACACUAAAAUAUAAACUGUCUCUGCACACACUAUUAUAUGUGAUUUCACUGUGUUUUCAUUUGGUAACAUUGAUAAAAUGUAACUUUAAAAACAAUGGAAAAAAACCACAAAAAUUGCUAUUGCCCAAAAAAAUAAAGUGAGCCCCUUUUCUACUCACUUUAGGUCUUUAAAGGAAGAAUUGUCUCCAGGCAAACAAGUAAGGAAGUGCUUUUAAGCUGGAAAUCAUAGUUGGAUCCUCCUUAUAGUAGUGGAUGUAUCAAAAGCCUUGCACAACUAUUACAAAAAAUAUUAAACACAAAAAACCUCUGUGCACUGGAAAUUCUAGGUAUCUUCAGCACACACCAAACAGUUGUCAAUUGUUGCUAGUUAUUGCAGAAAAAUCACAAAAUGUUGUUAGAGGAGGCAGAAAGUAGAUCUGGUGCAUCUCUAGAUAAUUUACUAUUGAUUGGCUAUUACUAAGUAGAUGUUGGAGCAUCCUAAAGCCAUCUGCCUCAGCAUGAAUGUUAAAUGGCAACUGUGCGAACUGUAGUUUAGAUUACAGAACUAGAAGUUUUGUUGAUCUUGCUUAUACACCAACCAGGAUUUUAGAUUUCCAAUUAUUUAACAAUAAGAGUAACAAUACAACUCCUCUUCCCCCAAAUACUGUUGCUGAAAUAACGCUAGUAAUAAAAUGGAUAACUGGGAUGAGAUUUUUUGUGCAAAAAGGUGUGUGAGCCCCAUCUGAUUUUGCUAUUCAAAUAACAUUUCUGACUUAAAAGUCUUUUAAUUCUGAAUAAAUGACUUUUGAGCAGACAAGAUGCCACAAGCCUGGAGUCUGCCAGCCCUACCUAAGAAUUAUCAAGAUGUGCCUCCACCAGGCAGCCUCUCUUCUUGUGCUUCUUCCUUUUGCUUCAGGGACCACCAGGAGAAGGUUAUGCAAAGAUGUACUCCAGAUACAGGCAGCAACUUGCAAUACAGGGUAUUUCUCUUUCUCUUCUGUCCACACCUCCCCCAAAGGGGAAUCAGGCAGGAGAAUUUUUUUUUCCCUUCAACCUCUCAUGAAGGGAGGCGUGAAUAUUACUGCCUGCCGCGGAGCAAAGCGGGAGAAUUAUUUUUAUAUAGACUGUCCUGCCUACCCAUUGGUGUAAUAACUGGCAAAGGAUAGACGGGGGCGGAACGAGGAACCGCCAAAAUUGCGCAACUUGAGGCUAUUGUUUCCCUCGCGAGCUUAAUCUUGAAAUAACUUUAGCUGACUCGCACCGAGAGGAUGGCUGCUCGGGGCCCCGUUUCGAGGUAAUCUGACACAAACGCGCAGGGCAUCGCGCUAUUCGCCCCGAGUUACUCUUCGUCCCGAUCCUCUGAAGCAGGGCCCCAUCGACGCAAAGGAAAUCCCAUCUGUGUGAAUGGCAGUCAGCAACCGUAGGAUCGCGAAUUGUUGCCCCUUCAGCUAACAGCGCCUUUUCCCCUCAUAGACAGCUUUCCUCUUUCCUCCUGCCCGAGCCGGGUCGGGCAUUUCUCACCGAACUCGCUCCAAAGUUGCCGCGUUUGGCCCCCUCAACCCAGUCAGCCGAGUCCACCGGCCCCGGAGUGAAGCCGGCCUUCUUGAGCUUACCCCCUCGCUCGCCGCCAAUCCCCGCCGGAACCUCCUUCGGCUCCGGCUAUCUCAUCCUCGCGGGGAGCUGCCAGCACUGCGCGGCGACAGCUGCGGCAAGCGAAGCGGAGGCAGGAGGCGGCUCGCGAGGCAGCCCUUCCCGGCGGGCGAGCUUGACCUGGGUGGGGGAUAAAUAGGCAAGGCGAAGCGCGCCACCCGCGCCUGCCUCUCCAUUCGCCCCGAGAAGCGUGUGGUGGGCAGGGAACCCUGGGCUACUCUUCCCAGGGCAGGAGGAAGCACGGCGGACCGAUCUGCGGGCGGGAUUUCAUCCGAAAUCGGUGCCAGCAGAGGCGGGGGUAGAAGCUCUCCCGCUCUGGCCAGUGGCUUGAGCCACGAGGGAUCCCUUCUCUUGGCGCCCGGGAACCGGCAGCAGGCAGAGCCGCCGGUGUACCUCUCUGCUCCGAUCCCGCGGCAGGAAGACCCAUCCGCUCCGUUUCCCCACCCACGGCGCCUCCCCCUCCAGCUUCCUCCUCCCUGGCCCGCCAACCCCACGCAGGGAGGACGGUCCGGGACUGCCAGCUCCGCUUGUAGACCCCUCCCGCUCCUCUUCCUCCUCUCCCGGGCUGCUCCGGGGGGGGGGAGGUGUUACUUCGCCGUGCCCCCUCGCGGGUCUAGCCUGAACUCAUCCCGCCGGCAGCGCUCUCGCCCGCUAAGAGGGGCGGGAAGCGUUGCCCGUCAGCUCCAACCCCGCCCCGCCUCCCCGCUUUUCCAAAGCCAGGCAGACUUUUCUCUCCCCCUCCGCCGCUUCCCUCCUCUUCCCCAAACUCAAGAUGAGGCGGAUGAGUCGGCGGCUGGCGUUGUCUCUCCUGGGGAUUUUGUGGAUCGCCGCUCUCGUCCUCUUCCUCGGGGCCCGGAGGAAGUUGGAAGCGGCGGGAGCCGAAGGGCGGCAGACGCCAAAGGAUUCCGACAUUGAUUGGGAUGAUCUUUGGGAUCAAUUUGAAGAAAGAAAAUAUCUGAGUGUUCGGAGAUGGAAAGGCGGAGAGGAUCCAUAUCGACUGUAUGCCUUUAACCAACGGGAGAGUGAACGGAUGCCCAGUGAUCGUGCCAUCCAUGAUACUAGACACCACAGGUGUACUACUUUACACUAUCGUACAGAUCUGCCACCAACCAGCAUCAUUAUCACCUUCCAUAAUGAAGCUCGGUCUACAUUGUUGAGGACAAUAAGAAGUGUGCUGAACCGAACCCCGGUGCAUCUGGUCCAUGAAAUCCUAUUAGUAGAUGACUUCAGCGAUGAUCCGGAUGAUUGCCGUUUGCUGAUCAAGCUCCCCAAAGUGAAAUGCCUGCGUAACAGUAGAAGAGAAGGUUUGAUCCGUUCCCGCAUUCGAGGAGCAGAUGUGGCCCAGGCAGGGGUUCUUACCUUUCUAGACAGUCACUGUGAGGUGAACAAGGAUUGGCUGCUUCCUCUUUUGCAGAGGAUCAAAGAGGAUCCAAGCCAUGUGGUGAGUCCAGUUAUUGAUAUAAUCAAUUUGGACACCUUUGCUUAUGUGGCAGCUUCUUCAGAUCUAAGAGGAGGAUUUGACUGGAGUCUUCAUUUUAAAUGGGAGCAACUUUCUCUAGAGCAAAAAGCCAAGAGAUCAGAUCCCACAGAGCCCAUCAAGACUCCUAUCAUUGCUGGAGGGCUUUUUGUAAUUGACAAGGCCUGGUUCAACCAUCUGGGAAAAUAUGAUGCUGCAAUGGACAUCUGGGGUGGGGAAAAUUUUGAGAUCUCUUUCCGAGUGUGGAUGUGUGGCGGAAGCUUGGAAAUCAUCCCUUGCAGUCGGGUUGGACAUGUCUUCCGGAAGAAGCAUCCUUACAUCUUCCCAGAAGGAAAUGCCAACACUUAUAUAAAAAACACCAAGCGCACAGCAGAAGUGUGGAUGGAUGAAUACAAGCAAUACUAUUAUGCAGCCCGGCCUGCAGCUCAAGGGAGACCAUAUGGAGACAUUCAAAGCAGAGUGGAACUGAGAAAGACCUUGAAAUGUCACACAUUCAAGUGGUAUUUGGAAAAUGUCUAUCCAGAGCUUAGAAUUCCUGAGGAAUCACUGUACCAGACAGGAAUGAUUCGGCAGAGACAGAGAUGUCUAGAGUCCCAGAAAAAUGAAGGACAGGAAUUCCCAAUGGUCCUCUUAAAUCCCUGCAUCACCAGCAAAAGUGCAGCAGCGAUGGCACAGGAAUGGACGUAUACAUAUAACCAGCAAAUCCACUUUCAACAAUUAUGCUUGUCCAUACAUACCCUCUUUCCAGGUUCCCAGGUGAUGCUUUUGCCUUGCAAAGAAGGGGAUGGCAAGCAGCGCUGGAAUAAAGUUGGUUCUCACAUUGAGCACAUGGCUACCCGCUAUUGCCUGGACACAGAAAUGGUGGGAGAUAGCAGUGAGAGCAUGAGAGAAGUGGUCAUUAACCCCUGUGAAAGCACAGCAAUGAGUCAGCGGUGGGAAAUGGUGAUGUCCUGAACUCAUCUAUCAAUUCACCAUCAAGCUCAUCUGGAAGGACCUUUGUCAGAAAUUGGCAAGGCUGUUGUCCAGUAUAGGGGUUGGUAUGGGCUUGCUUUUCUGUGGGGCAGGUCAAAGAAUAAGAACAUGCAGUUGUGCUGAUGUUGAAGAAAGGCUCACAAGUGCUGGCUUUAAGACCAGAGUAGUAACUAUUCCAGGUUGGGGGUGAUAUGUGUGUACUGUUAAGAACAUCACAAUGUAAUCUAGAAAUAUCUUUUGGUAACAUUCAUCUGUUAGCUGAAGCACAAUAUGACCUUGUUUUUGAGAAGGAAACUUUCUGAAAUUGAUAAUUUAAUUGUCUUUGUUACCAAGGUUAUUGAAAAUCCUCAGAAAAUAAUAAGCGAGCAAGAUGAUUCUAAUGGAAGAGAAAUGAAGAAAAGAGAAGCUAAAUCUUGUAAAAGCACAUGAAUGGUCAUGGUGGGAAUGAUUAGGAAGGGCCAACAAAUCUUGCACUUUGAAUUGGUAUAACUAAGCACAUCUCUGAAAUAAGUUUGAAAUAAGCUAUAUUGCACAUGAGAAUUUGAAUGUGAACCCUGUUUUUGUGCAAUAGAGAUUGUAUGUAGUGUGAUUAAAAUCAAUGCGUGUAAGAGAGGGGGAGGGAAAUUGAAGAAGAAAGUGAAAUAUUGGAUUUUUCUUCAACUGAUUAUGUGUGUAUGAAGGGGAAAAAAAGAAAUAUUUAUCCUAACUUCAGUGCAAGGUUUCUUUCAGAAAUGGAAAUAUAUAAGGACCCUUGUCCAGAAAUCAUGAAUGUCCCCUGGAAAGGGAGGGAAGACAAGAUUCUCCAUUCUAACUCAGCAGAGGGCAUACAUUCAGCAUAUAACUGGCCCUACAUCCUCUCACUUGCCCAGAACUGAUAUGAAGAAGGACCAGGAGAAUACAAAGUGGAUGGUAGAUGGACAGUAGCUUGUCAUUUCCUUCCAUUUUCUCAGAUGGCCUGGGGGAAAAAAUGACAUAGUGAUCACCUCUAAGGUCCAACUUGUCAAUUUAUGGUAUUAGUUAUAUCUUGUUUUCUUGUCGAUUUUCCCCCUCUUCGCCUACCCUAUCAAGACUGAACAUUUGAGCUAACUAACUAUAGAUAAUUUACAGAAACUUGAAGAAGAGAAGAUCACAUUACUUGCAGAUACACUUUUGUUAUUUUUGUUUUGCUGACAGCAUUGUCUCUGAGUUGGGUGGGAGGAGGUUGUUAAAUAAGAGCAGCAACAAUUUUAGCAAAAUCACUGGAUAGUGUUUAGAUCAGAAGAUCAUAGAAGCAUAGGAAGGAAAGUGAAUUUUACAGUGCAGAAAUCUAUGAUGCCACUGAAAUCAGAAGAAGCCCAAGAUAUGAAUAUUGAUUUGUGGUAGAAAGUACACAAAAUUUAGCUGAACCCCAAAUUGACCAAAACCUGGGUCUUAAUGAAACAAAGCAGAAUUCUCAGAGUAGCUGAAACUGACCUAGGAGUCUUAUUGAAUGAUUUCAUGCUUUGUGGCAUUACAGAAAAUUGGUUCCAUGCUUGCAAAAAGAAAAUAAAAGUUGCAUUUCUCUAUUAAAAAGCAGGAUGGGGAAAUAGGAAGGAAAAGGAUGGGGGAAGUGUUGAGUUAGUUGCGAUUUUCCAAUCUGCCAGCUGAUUAAAGACUUACAAGAAACCAGGAUAUGCUAAAAAGAACAAUAAGGUUUCUUGCAAUGUGUUGGUUCACUUUUAAGGGCCAUAAGAAAUCAUCUCCACAUUCGUACGUCAAUAGAUGAACGUUAACUGUUUUAAGUAUAUAGGAAGCAUUGUUUAAACUAGUGCUCUCUUCAGCACAUACCAUUUAAUUCUGCAAAUAACAAUAAUGAUCCCUCCAUCUAUAUGCUUAUUGUGUGUAUUUCUAGACAAAGAUUACUUCUAAAAUGUCAGCCUGGUGCCUUCUAUAUAUGUUGAAGCUAAUCCUGUCUUGCAGUUAGGGGCACUGAAAUACUGGGCAGAGGAAGCCUGCAAAAGGUAACACUGGUGCUGUCACACAGUCCUUUCUAAUCCAAACAAAAAACCUUCUGCCUGUGUGUGUCGUGAGUUAUUCGUGCCUCUAUUUGAGAAGGCGGAUUAACACUUUUCAUUAUUCCAUUUCUGGGAUCUCAGACGAACCUAAAGCCACCUGCUGUUUAUAAUUGUAAUGUGAGUUUCAUGAUUUAAAAACCUUGGAAUAAGAAAAAUUUUCAUAUCAUAAAAGUAAUAUUUUGCUAUUUGAA